AUGGGUUUUUGCUGGAGCGGGGAGUGUGGCUAUGGACCUUGCUUGGGAGGCUAUUAUAUGCCCUGCUGUGCUGGAUGGGUGGGCCCCACUGUGCUGCUCUGCAUCUAUGGUUUCUGCUCCAUGAUGAGGCCUAUAGAGCCCUUCAUGACAGAAUUUCUCACAGGAACUUACAAGAACCUCACCACCGAGCAGGUGACUAGACAAGUGUAUCCAGUGUGGACUUAUUCCAGUCUGAUUCUACUCAUCCCAGUCCUGCUGGUGACAGACUUCCUCAGGUACAAGCCUGUAAUCAUCCUCCAGGGGCUCACCUAUGUCACAGCAUUUCUGCUGGUACUAGUUGGCUCGGGGGUCCGCUCAACUCAGUUGGCCUUUUUCAUCUACAGCAUUGCCACAGCAGCAGAUGUGGCCUAUUUCUCCUACAUUUACAUGGUGGUCCAUGCCAGCUACUAUCAGAGAGUGACCAGUUAUGUCACAGGGGCCAUACUGCUGGGCUACGCUGUGGGUGCCCUGCUGGCUCAACUGUUAGUGUCUUUGGGUGGGGUGUCCUUGUAUUGUUUAGCUUUUGUGACUCUCAUCUCUGUCUCCAUGGCACUGAUAACCUCCAUUUUCCUGCCCAUGCCUAAGACCAGCUUAUUUCUUAACGGAAACUCAAGUGAGGAUGCUCAUGACUCAGACAGUCAGGACUUUAACAACAAGGUGAAGAGGGUGAUGACUGCUAAGCAUAUUGGGAGGAUGUUCAGAGGCCUCAUACUGGACUGUAAGAAAUGUUAUUCUUCUGUGGCUCUGCUCUUCUUCUGCAUAUGGGCAGCUACAGGGAGGUGUGGCUUCUACCAGGUUACAGCCUACACUCAGCUCCUCUGGGUACACGUGCAGCCCCAUAACUUCACAGCCUACAAUGGAGGAGUGGAUGCUAUCAGUACAUUGUCAGGAGCUGCAGCCACAGUUGCUGUGGGCCACAUGUCUCUGGAGUGGUCUGUGUGGGGGGAGCUGAUCCUGGGGGGUUUCACACUCCUGAUUGCAGGGGCUAUAUUCCUGAUGGACCUGAGUGACAACAUCUGGAUCAGCUACACAUGCUUCAUCCUCUUUAAAACUGUUUACAUGCAGCUCACCACCAUCUGCACUUUUCAGAUAGCCAAGACACUAAACAGGAAGCGUUAUGCAUUGGUAUUUGGUGUGAACAGUUUCGUGGGCACAGUCCUCCAGAGUGUCCUCACUGCCAUUGUCAUCAACACCAGUUCUCUACAGCUUACCAUCACCUCGCAGUUUGUCAUCUAUGCCUCGUACUUUGCUGCCAUUUCCCUGCUGUUCACAGUCAGAGGUGUGUAUACUGUGCUCAACAUGAAACAGCCCGCUGCAGGCAACCAGGCUGAGAGAGCUACCAACCUGCCAGAGGCCUCCAGUGUGUGA